AUGUCGUCUCUCGGUGCCUCCUUUGUGCAAAUUAAGUUUGAUGACUUGCAGUUUUUCGAGAACUGCGGCGGAGGAAGCUUUGGGAGUGUUUAUCGAGCCAAAUGGAUAUCACAGGACAAGGAGGUGGCUGUGAAGAAGCUGCUGAAAAUAGAGAAAGAGGCAGAAAUACUCAGUGUCCUCAGUCACAGAAACAUCAUCCAGUUUUAUGGAGUAGUUCUUGAACCUCCCAACUAUGGAAUCGUCACAGAAUAUGCUUCCCUGGGAUCACUGUAUGAUUACAUUAACAGUAACAGAAGUGAAGAGAUGGACAUGGAACACAUUAUGACCUGGGCCACCGAUGUAGCCAAAGGAAUGCACUAUUUACAUAUGGAAGCUCCUGUCAAGGUGAUUCACAGAGAUCUCAAAUCAAGAAACGUUGUUAUUGCUGCUGAUGGGGUAUUGAAGAUCUGCGAUUUUGGUGCCUCUCGGUUCCAUAACCAUACAACACACAUGUCCUUGGUCGGAACUUUCCCGUGGAUGGCUCCAGAAGUUAUCCAAAGUCUUCCUGUGUCUGAAACAUGUGACACCUAUUCCUAUGGUGUGGUUCUCUGGGAGAUGCUAACAAGGGAGGUCCCCUUUAAAGGUUUGGAAGGAUUACAAGUAGCUUGGCUUGUAGUGGAAAAAAACGAGAGAUUAACCAUUCCAAGCAGCUGCCCCAGAAGUUUUGCUGAACUGUUACAUCAGUGUUGGGAAGCUGAUGCCAAGAAACGGCCGUCUUUCAAGCAAAUCAUUUCGAUUCUGGAGUCCAUGUCCAAUGACACUAACCUUCCCGACCAGUGUAACUCAUUCCUGCACAACAAGGCGGAGUGGAGAUGUGAAAUUGAAGAAACUCUGGAGAGGCUGAAGAAACUAGAACGUGACCUCAGCUUCAAAGAGCAGGAGCUCAAAGAACGAGAAAGACGUCUGAAGAUGUGGGAGCAAAAACUAACGGAGCAGUCCAACACUCCGCUGCUGCCUUCCUUUGAGAUCAGCACGUGGACGGAAGAUGACGUGUAUUUUUGGGUUCAGCAGCUCGUCAGAAAAGGUGACGCUUCCGCAGAGAUGAGCGUGUACGCGAGCUUGUUUAAGGAGAACAACAUUACAGGAAAGCGCCUGCUUCUCCUGGAGGAAGAAGACUUGAAGGACAUGGGCAUUGUCUCCAAGGGGCACAUCAUUCACUUAAAGUCAGCCAUUGAGAAAUUAACCCAUGAUUAUCUAAACUUGUUUCACUUCCCACCGCUAAUUAAGGACUCAGUUGGUGAACCUGAAGAAAAUGAGGAAAAAAUAGUGAACCUUGAACUUGUUUUUGGUUUUCACUUGAAGCCAGAAACAGGCCCAAAGGACUGUAAGUGGAAAAUGUAUAUGGAGAUAGAUGGGGAUGAAAUUGCAAUAACCUACAUCAAAGACGUGACAUUCAACACCAACCUACCUGAUGCAGAGAUUUUAAAGAUGACAAAGCCCCCUUUUGUAAUGGAGAAGUGGAUUGUAGGAAUAACAGAAAAUCAGACUGUAGAAUGUACCGUCACAUAUGAGAAUGAUGUUAGAACUCCCAAAAGCACUAAGCAUGUUCAUCCCAUUCAGUGGAAUAGAACGAAGCCUCAGGAUGAAGUGAAAGCCGUCCAACUUGCCAUUCAGACACUAUUCCCCAACUCAGAGGGCAAUCCUGGAAGCAGGUCUAACUCAAAUGCCGACUGCCAGUGGUUAGACAUCCUGCGCAUGCGGCAGAUCGCCUCUAACACCGGUUUACAGCGCUCCCAGAGCAACCCCAUCCUGGGGUCGCCCUUCUUCCCCUACUUCAACGACCAGGAUUCCUACGCUGCUGCCGUGAGGCGGACCCAGGUGCCCAUUAAGUACCAACAGAUUACCCCCAUAAACCAGUCCAGGAGCUCCUCCCCGACCCAGUACGGGCUCUCCAGGAACUUCUCUUCUCUGCACCUCAACUCCAGGGACAGCGGCUUUGCCAGCCUCGCCCGCGACAGCUCUUCGGAGCGGGCCCCGUCCUCCUCGGGCAGAAGCCGGAACAAGUACGAGCAGCGCGGGAGCGCGUCGCUCAGCUCGUCCCCCAGGGGGCGCUACGGCGGGAAGGGCGCGCGCUCCACGCCGUCCAGGGAGCGCAGCGCCAGCAAGUUCUACCGCGUCCACCGGUCCGCGCUCGGCGCGCAUCAGUCCCCUGACUUCAGGCGAAGCCCCAACGACCGCCCCCAGCGCCGGACCAUCCCAGGGAUGCCUCUGCACCCCGAGCCGGACUCGGGAGGAGCCGGCGAAGAGGAGAGCAAGGGCAGCGAGGGCGGGUGGACCAAGGUGGAAAAUCGGAAGAAGCCCCACAGGUCGUCCCCUGCCAAGGCCAGCAGAGAGAGAGCCCGAGGAAGCUACCGCGGGAGGAGAACCUUCUGA